UCACUGUCAAAGUUACUUGUGAUGCUGUCAUUAUGUCAAAAUUGCGUGGUUGAGUUGCUUUGGUUGAUGUAAUACUUAAUAAUUGGUUCUACUACUGAGAAGCCAGAGUCUACAGUGUACAUAGCGGCAUGCUCGUGCAUGAUGCGAAAUACCAUAGCAUUCGUGACUAUCACUACUACACACGCUAUCGGCCGCACUAAAUGCGCCUCUGGUAAUACAAUCGUGUAUAAACAACGUUUUGAAUUUUGUAAGUGACGUGAAUACUCGUGCGAUGGUGUCUUGAGAUUAGUAAACGGAAUUUCCCAGACAGUUAACGAGUUAUAGACUGUCAACAAUGGCUGGGUCCACGCUGCCCGAGAGGGUAGCUCAGAUUUAUUAUACAUACGGACUGUUUUGUUCGUCUUAUCCUAUUACAGCAAUCACAUUGGCAUUAUCUGUUUUGCUCCUGUGCUGUUACCCCCUACUAAAUGUACCGCUUCCUGGAAACAUACCAACUGUAGUAACAUUGCCGCUUAAUGGUGUUGACAUUUAUGAUCUCACUACUUCUGAUUGCAGUCAGAGUAAAUGCUCAGAAGAAAGACCUUCACAUUUGGAAAUCCUUUACAAUGAAACACAGAAGCUUCCUUACAUUUGGGCAAAGGACAAACCUCUAUUGUAUGUGCAGCAAAUCAUUAUGAAGAUAGGUGUAUCUCCUUGGAACAACAACUUAAAGAUGUGGGAUGCGUUCAGGGCUCCUUUGCAAGAAGUAUUCAGAUUGCUGGAGACUAUAAGGAAUCACGAAGAUCCAGAAACAAAGAGUACACUGCUACAGCAUUGUUAUCAAAUCGGAGGAAUCAAACGGCGAGAUAGUAAAGCGAGCAUGGAACGAGUACUGCCGGAAUAUAGCUGCUUGCUUCUAUCUCCGGCCAAUCUAUGGCAACAGAACCUGCAGUCGUUUUCCCUCGAUGCUAACAUCAUCAACACUGUGUAUAAUUAUCAGAAUCUUCAGAAAGCGAAGGUGUCCAUAGCGGAAAUGGCGUUUGGUAUGCAACUCCGAGAGACUGGCAUCAAAAGAUAUCCCCUCAGAGCUCGACCACGAGUGUUGCAGUAUGCCGUCACAAUAUUCUACCAGCAACCAGACCAAAGAUACAUCCAAUCAUUAACAAAAAAACUAAAGGAAAUAUAUCCUCUAUACCAGGAGAUGCCGUACACUCACGUCAACGAGUUCACCCUCGUUUAUUAUCCAGGACAGUUCAACUAUAGAGAACUGGUUCCUUUGACUAUAACAUUUGUGGGACUGUUUUUGUACGUCUAUUUUUCCGUUAGAAAAAUUGAAUUUAUCCGAUCCAAAUUAGGCCUGGCCGCUUGUUCUGUCCUCACCAUUGGUGGAAGUCUCGCUAUGUCAAUGGGUAUUUGCCUUUAUUUCGGUUUCUCUCUAAGUUUACAAGGUAAAGAGAUUUUCCCCUACUUGGUGAUUAUCGUUGGCCUGGAAAAUGUUUUAGUUCUGACCAAGAGCGUUACAUCCACUGACUCACGCCUUGACGUAAAGAUCCGACUCGCUCAAGGCCUCAGUAAAGAAGGCUGGUCCAUUACUAAGAACUUGCUAACUGAAAUCACCAUACUAACGGUUAGUUUCUUUACAUUUGUUCCAUUUAUUCAAGAAUUUUCAAUCUUCAUGAUAGUCAGUUUGAUAUCAGAUUUCUUCAUUCAAAUGGCGUUUUUUGCUACGAUACUCGGCAUCGAUGUUCAUCGAAUGGAAUAUUUUAAAGACCAAAAUAAUAAGUUGCAUCUAAAAGAAUACUUUAAUGCAAAUAACGCUCUAAAUUGGAGAUUCAGUAAGAACUAUGUAGAAGAAAAUAGUUUUUCGCCCCAAAGAAUGACAAAGUCCAAAUCUCAUCCGAGAUUAAACGGCUUGGCUCACAACAGUCCAACAGAUGUCGUAGCCAAAAGAAAUUCUAGUCCUGGCCACCAAGACCAUAGAGUACCGAAACGAAUUCGCUUGGUGAACAUGUGGGCGAGGACGCGGUUCUUCCAACGCGCCUUCAUGGUCUGGAUGUUGGUGUGGAUCUCGAUGAUAGUAUACAACUCCGGCGUUGUUGAUUAUUUUAUCAGCAAUAUUGAGAAAACUGAAGCUGAAGUAAACAGAAGGAACUAUGAAAAGCACGAACCAAAGCAGUCUACCUUCGCGUUUUACAACAACAGCGAUAGAAAUCCUCUGGUGUUCCCGCCGAUGCUAGAUAUUGACACGGAAAAAAACGUUGUGGAUGCAAAUGAUACUAUUAUGCUAAAACAUUCACCACACUCGCGGCCCUGGUCGAGGUUAUCAUCACACCACUGGUCGGCAGUACUGUCCCACUAUAACGAGUCGGUAGCGGGGCGGCAUGUGGCGGUGUUGCCUCCGAUACUUGUGAGCCAGCGCGUAGCUCCUGAGCUGGCAGCCGGAGUACGGAACCCCGAUGAAAGGGAUCCACCGCCGCUACGAUGGCAAGCAUUAGCAGCUGCGCUCGAUCCCAUCGAUAUGUUGCCAGAGUUCGAGUUAAUAGAAGGGAAAAGCCAGCCUCACGCAUGGGGCAAAGGUUCUGACUUACCAAUAUAUCCUACCACGCCGAUGGAGAUCCUUCUACUGGCCAUCCUGUGCACAAUCAGUGUCGCUGUCAUAGCGUACAUGAUGGUCGUGCUUUACCGAUGCGUGUGUUCCCGGCAUUAUGCUGAGUGGCGAGCUUCGUGGAGUGAUGACGAUGAGUACCGAAAGAUUGUGGCGAAACAACCUGCAGUACAGUUGGUGAUGGAAGCAGUACCCCUUGUAGUAGCUGGCCACAGUCAGGAGGUGGAGUGCUUAGUGACCGACGGCGAGAAAGUCGUCAGCUCCUGUCUGCAAGGAAACAUCAAGGUGUGGGACUCUCAGAAUGGGGAGAUUCUCACCAACAUUGACCGCGGCGCUUUCUUCAAACUGCAGAAGGACCUUUAUGAAAAAGUAUCGAAGAAACAUAACAUGGCAUAUGAAGCAGUUAAAGUAAAUCACAACCCGGAACUGUCUCCUAGAAGCACAGAAAAUGUACAUAGGCUACGUAAAGGGUUGAGCAGCUACUUGAGUGGCCUGCGAUUUAGGCCGGUGGGGCCCCGGGACUCGCCGCACCAUCUCUCCACCGCUGAGACCACAAAAUAUGAUUUCGCGAAAAAUUAUAGAAACUUAUACUGCGGUGACCAACAGGAAGAUUUAUAUAAUUGUUACGAGGCUAAAGAGAAUGUGGAUACUAGUAAUUUAAAUAUAAGUAAUCAAGAUAUAAUGAACAAUAGUGUUAAGAGUCGUGAUAAUAGUGAUGACAAUAUAUUCGUGUUUGAUUCAAGUGGACAAUCUGUAAAUAGUUUACGUAGUAAGUCUAAUUAUAAAUCGACAUUAAGUGAUAGUGGGCCCACAGCGGAGGACGAUAAUAGUGAGGAUGUGGUCAGUAAUCUGGAUUGGAGAGGGAAGGCGAUCAAAGAAUCUCCUGUGUGGUGUAUGGACUUUUGUAACGACCUAAUUAUACUGGGCUGUGCGGACGGCCGGCUCGAGUUCUGGGAGGCCAGCUCUGGCAAGCUUAUGUGCGUAUGGUGGAGCGCGGAAGCGCGGGGCGGAUGUAAUUCAGCAGGCGCGACGCACGUCCGCGCGCUAGCGGGGGCGCGGCGCGUCUGCGUGGCGUCGCUCGCCGGACACCUCACACUACUGCGCCUCGACGCGUACAACGCCGCCUCCGGCGCACACGUCGACUGGCAGUUCAGCACGGCACAUCGACGAACGCACAAACGCACGGGAUCCGCUGGUUCUCUCAGAGUGGGAUAUGCGCCCGAUGGCGAGUCCACACGGUCAAGGAUGAGCUUCUCCUACGAGUCAGAUCUUAGCGACGGAGAAGAGGUGGUGUGUGUACGGAUAGCUCAGUGUCGGCCGCAUCAGCAGCCAAUCACGGAGAUGCAUUGCGAGGGAGGACGCAUCGUCACUGGCGGACAAGACCAUGUACUCAAGGUAUUCUCCAGUGCGGACUUGAAUCCCCUGUUCACGUUACACGGUCAUUGUGGGCCAAUCACCAGCUGUUUCAUAGACCACGCUACCCCUACUAUCGCAGGGAGCGGCUCGCAAGAUGGUUUACUGUGCGUCUGGGAUCUUCAUACUGGUGCCUGCCUAUACAGUAUGCAAGCUCACGACGGCGCGGUGACGUCAUUGGCAUACACCGCCUCCUACGUGGUAUCAGCGGGCGCAGACGAACGCCUAUGUAUCUGGGACAGAUUCCAGGGACAUAUGCUGAACUCCAUACACAUAGGUCUCAACUACAUGAGUCGUAUGUUGCCGCUAACGCACACAAUGUUGGUGAUGGGAGAUCGCAGUGGACUGACCGCGUACGAUCUCAGCAGUGGUGACGUUAUACGACGAGUACUUCUAGGCCAAAGUGACGGUUGUAUCUUCGUGAGGCAGAUACUACCGUUGAAAGACGCAAUAGUCUGCGACUACGCGAAUCAGCUGCGCAUCGUUCGUUUCCCCCUAGUAUCUAGAUUAUGCGAUAUGAAGAACGAAUAGUUUUGUAAGCUAUGUACCUAUAGAUUGGCACAUUGCUCGUGGAAAAACAAACAUCCAUAGUUAUACUAUAAGAAUAAAGGUGCGUACAGAUUAACAACGAAUAUUUUGUAUACAUUUUUCUUUCGUACGUCCACAGAUUCAAUAAUUGCUCUUUAAUUUUAUAACAAUACUGUGCACCUAUGGGUCGACUUGACCGGACUUGCGAUGGUCUCACAGAAAACAAACUAGAGGACAACAAGAAUCUGACACCCCCUUUAACCCACGCAGGGCGAGAUAAUAAAUAAAAAGUCUCUAUUUUUCCUUAGAUCCUACCACCCCCUAUGGCCAAAACCCCAAUCUAUAUACCCCAGAAGGCACUUCUAACUCUUCUUAUUUGUAGGUGUCCGGGCAACGCUGAUUGCUUACCUUCAGAUAAUCUGGCUGCCAGUUUGGUGUCUUAAAAAAUAUGUAGUCAUAAUAAUAUUUAGUAACAAUGUCAUAUUGUAUUAAAUUAAAAACCGCCUACAGCCUGUGUUAAUUCAAACCUAUCUACAUACCAAAUUUCGAACAAAUCGGUUCCGGCGUGAAAGAAGACUAAAU